AUGCGCUGCCUCCUCUACGCGGUCACUGCUGCCUCAGCCCUCUUGGCUGCCACCUCUGUAGCCCUGCCGCACUCAAAAACCCACUCCCUCAAUGCGAGGUCCCUCCCUCCUACGGUCCGACCUGGAUGGACGCUCGGCAAGCGCGCCGAGGCCGACACACCCUACACUUUUACGGUGGCGCUGCAGAGCAGAGAUCUCGAUGGCCUGGCUUCGAGGAUGGAGCAGGUAUCUAGGGGCGAAGAAGGAUGGCUCUCCGACGACGAGCUUGCUCAAUACACUGCUCCUACAGACGACACUCUGAGUGCCGUGCAAGCUGAGCUGGCUGCCGCUGGCAUCUCUGCCUCUCACAUUACUCCUAGCAAGCACGGCGACUUUCUCACCGUCGACGCGACUGUAGACCAGGUUGAGCGCCUCUUCGAUACGAAGCUCUUCCAUCACAGCUUCGAAAGGCGCUCAGCUAUCCGUGCCCCCUCGGGCUUUGCUCUGCCCCAACAUCUGGCCGAGCACAUCGUCGACGUUGCUCCGUUGACACACUUUGGCGUACCCCAUGCCUCGCAGAGCGGUGGCCAUGCUGAGCCUCUCGAUGCCGACAAUGUCGAGGCAACGAUCGCUCAGCAGAAGCGUGAAGUCGCGGAGAUGGCUGCCCACCUCGAGCGUCGUCAGAGCAGCCCUGCGUCAUGCUCGCGCUACGCCACCUUUGUCUCGCCGGCUUGCCUGCGCGAUCUGUACCAAACGAGCAGCGUAAAGCCAGUUGCUGCUGCUGGCACCGUCGACAUCGGUGUGAUGGGCAUCAUUAAUGCGAGUUUCAGCCAGGAGGACCUGGCCGACUUUGCGCAGCGCUACCGUAGCGAUGCUGCUGGCUACGAGAUGCCCGUCAACAUCACUCGUGGGGCGCCCUUUGACUCCAAGCACCCAGACAAGGAGGGCACACUCGACGCGCAGGUGGUGCUCGGCCAGACGUACCCUCUCAACUCGACCUUUUACGCGUGGGGGUCCACCAAGACGGGAGGCGAUGCCUUUUCUCAAUCAUGGCAGGACUUCAUCGAUAUGAAGGCUGCGGACCGACCGGGCGUCAUCUCGUACUCUUUCGCCUCGCAGGAGAAUUGGUAUUCGGCAUCGACUGUCAAGUCGAUGUGCCAGACGGCGCAGAAGCUCACUGCGCUGGGUACGACCAUUGUCGUCGCUGCGGGUGACUACGGAGUGCUCGGAGUGAACAGCAAACAGUCGUGCGACAAGAAGUUUAUCAACACGUACCCGUCUGUCUGCCCGUAUGUCCUCUCGGUGGGUGCGACGGGCGGCUCUGGCACCAAAAACAAGAUCGCUCCCGAGGUGAUGAUGAGCAAGUCAGUCGCAAACAUGUGGUCAGGCGCUGGCUUCUCGGAGUACAUCCCGCGGCCACAAUACCAGGACGCGGCGGUCUCCGCGUAUCUCAAGACGAUUGGCGACGAUGACAAGGGGCGAUACAACAUCGAGGGGCGCGCUUAUCCGGAUGUGGCGGCGCAGGGCACCAAGUACGUGAUACGCCAGAACGGUGGGUGGUAUACGAUCAGCGGUACGUCUGCGGCUGCGCCCACGUGGGCUUCGAUCAUUGCGCUCUUGAAUGCCGAGCGGAGGCAGCAAGGGAAGGGCACGAUUGGCUGGGCCCACCCGACAUUGUACAGAGCGGCGAACAGUGCGGCCUUCAAUGACGUCGUCUCGGGCGGAUCGUACGGUUGCAGUGAUAAGAAGGCGCCUGGCUUCAAGGCCACCAAGGGGUGGGACGCUGCCGCUGGUCUGGGCACGCCCAACUACCCAGCGCUGGCCGAUCUCUUCGCCGGUGCGGCGUGA